AUGUAUCGUCUCAAGAGCGCUCUUCUAGGGAACAACGUUCCAACAGAUCCCAUGCCCGUCGUGGCUGAGGGAGAGUUAGCACCACCCGAAUCUCUUUUGCCCACCACAGGUUUGCCCCAAGACAGAGCACCAUCGCCAGUCCCCAGCUGGGUGCGUGAGAUCAAUAACACGCCGAUUGGAAGACAUAGUCGUGCCUCUUCUAUCAUUUCUACCCACACAAAGUUCUCCACGACCACUCUGCAAGAUGACGCUCGAAGUAUCAAUAUUACUGUUGCCGGUCAAUACUUUAGGAUCAAUCGAGAUGGUUCCCGCGUCACCGUGGAUGCUCCGCCUCCAUAUUCCGGCCCAAGUCAAGCCGGCAGCGUUGAGGUAGUCGCUUUAGACAACCUUUCACUUAGCGAUCGAGGCCAAAGUAUCCAAACAGACGACUUGGAUUUAGAAGAUGUGUCUCGAACGCCUCGUUCGAUCGUCGAUGUCUCUCUGGAUGAUGACUUCUUUAGCAGAUUGCGCGGAGUUGAGCAGAGUGUCAGUCCGCCCAGACCAGAAAAUUCCAUCCACCGAUCUUCCUCCCUGGCUACAAUAAGCCAUGUCUCUGACAUUGCGUUGGCUUCGACGGAAGAAGGUGCAAGUAUUGACGAUGACAACCGGGACGGCAGGUCCGUCUUACAACACCCAUUUAACACUGUUGUAAACCUCCCAGCCGGCGACGACUUUGCACGGGGAGGCAGUCCCACCAGCCAGAAUUCAGGAUCAUGGCAUCGAACUUGGGCUAUGGGGACCAGUACAACAGGUCCGACCUCCUCUGAUUCCUGUGGCCAUGUUCCUCUGUUACAAAGAAUUGGAUUAUCACGCUCUGUGUCUCGUGCACAAUCGAAUGCACCAUCAAUGCAGGGCAGCCAAGAAGAACUUGCCCAGCCUUCACCAGACACCUUGCAUCAGUCACAACCACCUAUCAGCAUUGCCGUAUCUGCUCCUGCCGAUAAUGAGUCCCAGUCUCCUGAUCAACCAGAGGGCGAUCCCAGCCCUUCAGACGAGCCCAAACUCGGGAUCCACAGGCAAAUGUCGCAAAUGUCAGUUGAGACUGAGAAUGAAAUGAUGAUGCACUAUACUAAAAUGAUGAGAAAGCUCGACUAUGAACAUCGGAAAGCUCUGCAUCUCAAAGACAAAGAGCUUGCAGACAUGCGUGUGAGGCUGCAUGAGAAAGAUACUGUUUUACGACAACAAGUGCGAGCGAAAGACUUUAUGAUUGAUGAUCUCAAGCAACGCCUCAACGCCUUUGAGGAGAAUAUCGAGUCGAUGCUGGAGAGAGCAAGAAACCAGGUCGAGGACAUGUGGGAGUCUAGGUGGAAAGAUCGUGACUUUCACCUUAGGGAACGCAUGAAACGAAUCGAGGAAGAGGCACAACGCAGCAUUGAUAAGCUGCGCACUGAUAUUGCAUCUCCUGCGACAAAAGUUUGA